GUGGUGCUUUUGAAUGGACUUCUGUUCCGAGGAGAGGAUUUAGAAGGCAGGCAGCUGACUAGAUCUCGAGCAAGAGAAAUUGUCAGAUUCAAAUUGUUCAUGGUAUUUUGGUCUAACCAAUAAUCUCGUUGAAGCCAGCGAUACGUUUCAAGAGACCAUGGAUAAUUUUCGACGGGCCAUGGGCGAUGCCAGCACUUACUUGAGUCGAGCUGUGCAGGACGCUCAUAUUGGAGAUGAGGCCACGAUUAUGUACAAUCGGGCCAGACAGUACACGGAAGAGAAGCUUGGAAAAGCUGAACGUACAGAGAAUGACUCCCAUUUCGAUGACUUGGCUAAUCGAACGGACCAGACGAAGAAUUACACCGAAAAACUGGUUAAAAAUACCGAGGCGGUACUGGUGCCAAAUCCAGCUGCUCGCCUUGAAACGUUCAUGUUUGAUAACAUUCCUGUGGACAAACUGGGCGUCAAAAACACUCGGCUCUCCAAUUUGGAAUAUCUGGGCACAGACAUGAUUGAAGGUGGCAAUGAAUUCGGUCCUGCUACGCCUUAUGGCUCAGCAUUGAUUCGAGUGGGGCAAGCUCAGCAACAUCUUGGGGAGAUUGAGCGAAAUUACAUUCGCGGCGGUCAUGAUGCCUUGAUUGCCCCCAUGCAGAAAUUCCUCGACUCAGAGAUGAAAAAUAUCAUGCGCGAGCGUAAGAUUUUGGAAAAUAAGCGACUCGAUUUGGAUGCAUGCAAAAAUCGGGUACGCAAAGCCAGAGCAAUGCAACUCCAACCUCCGAAAGAUGGCAUCGAUCCCCGGGCCGUUUUGGAUCAGUCCGAGGCAGAGCUUCGUGUGGCUCAGGCAGAUUAUGAUAAACAGGUGGAAAUCACCAGAUUGUUGAUGGAGAGCUUGGGCUCCAUUCAGACAAAUCACUUGCGAUAUUUGGGAGAAUUUGUCGAAUCUCAAGCCAAAUAUUACGCCGAGUGCAACACUUGUAUGCAAGAUCUUCAGCAAGAACUCUCCAGUUUCACCAAUACCGCGUCCAAUCCUUAUAUCUCCCCAAUACCCAUUUCAAGACCACGUUCGCGGUGCCAAGUUGUGCGAGAUUACGAUGCUCUACAAUCGGAUGAAAUGAGCAUGAUGGCACACGAGGUGUUGAAUGUGCUCGAAUGUGAUCCAGUGGAAGAAGAAUGGAUUCUAGUUGAGCGCGGAAACAAGUUUGGUCGGGUUCCAAGACGCAUGGUUCGAUAUAUUUGAGAACCAGAACUGAUUUUUACCCCAAAUGAACUGAUAAUCUCCCUUCAAUUACAUUUCCAACACUUUCCUCGCAAAAUGGACCGCUUGGUUUUGAUCCGCACUAUCUUUUAGCAUUUCCCAUACAUAUUCUGUCUUGAUGACCCCAUCCCAAAUGAUAUUAAUGCCUUUUUAAGUUUACUCAUUCGAAACUGGUAAGAUACCGUAUAUUGUUGAGUUUGUAAUUGUUUUCCCACCAUAAUUCAAUGGUUCUAAGACAUGUUGGUUCAAGUUUCCAUUAUCAAACAAACAUUCCAUUGCUACACAUUAUAUAAGAAGUAUCAUUAUGACCAUCCCUUUUAACUUGUUAGAACACUGAAAGCUAGAAACCUUGCGAGAAAAUAAAUUUUAUUCCGAGAAACUCCCAUGGGAAAGAA